AUGAAUGUACUGAUAGAUUGUAAUAUCAUUUGGUUAGACGAUAGAGAUAUCAAUGACAAAGAUUUAGCUCUUAAUAUUCAGUAUUAUGUUAUGUUUUCUCUCCAUACAUUUACUAACUUGGCUGCAUGUUCAUCUUUCAUUCUUCAUUAUACAUCUGAAUCUCGCCUUCUUCUUAUUGUCAUACGAGAUCGUUAUGUUGAUCGACUCUUAAAAGAAGCUCUUAUGUUUCUAUCUUCUCAGAUCACUGUCUUUAUCUAUGUUCUUGGUGAUAAAUGGUUAUUUCGUUGGAAAGCAGACACUCGUAUUCGAGAUAUUUUCUAUAUAGAUGAAGAACAAAGAGUUAUUGAGAAGUUGCAAGAUGAUUUACAAAAACAUUUAAUUCAACGUUGGCCGUCUGGAUACUGUGUUUUUAGUCAUGAUACACAACAAAUUGCACUUGAUAAAUUGAAUAAUGAAAAUGCUAAAUUUAUGUGGUUUCAACUACUUAUUUAA